AUGUUCAAGCUGGGGAAAGAGGAUAUUAAGAGUGAGUUCCCUGGAUCAGGAGGAGAAAGCCUGAGCACCACAAGCCUGGAAAGGGAGGAGAGGGUUGGGAAGGAGAAUGGGGUGGAGGUGAACCUGAGACAAGACAGGGUGUGGAACUCCAUCUUUACCCACAACAGAAACAGAUUGUUGCCUGUGGCGUACCACCGGGGCUCUCUGUUGCCCCUGCAAUGGAGAAUUACACACAGUUCCCAGUGGAAGGCACAGGUGCUAGCCUGGCUCAGCCUGAUCGCCUUCAUCCGGCUGCUGGUCGUGGUCUUCUCCAAGAAUUGGUUGUACCUCUCUAAGAUCCGCCUCCACCAGCGCUGGCCCAUGAAUGUUAGCAACAGAAUCUCCAUGUCGGCCCGCAUCAUGUCCAUAGGGCUCCUGCAGAUCUGCAAAUCCAAGAGCUGUUCCAACUCAGAGACUGGGAAAGUUACCUUCAUCUUUUUCACCCUCAUGUUGUUUCCUAUUAACAUCUGGAUCUUUGAAUUGAAUGGGAGUUUAUCAAUCCCCAUUGGCUGGGGCUAUUACAUUGGUUGGGUGGUGUUUGUCCUCUAUGUCAUCUGUGCAUUCUUCUUCUACUUCAACAACAAAAAUUUCUGGAGUCUGAUUUUGAGCCAUCCCUCUGACAUCAUGUCCUGCAGCAGCAGUUCCAGGUCAGACUCUCUGAAUGAGAAGAUUGUCCCAAACACCUUGGUCAACCAGGAAGAAGUCUUGGAUCUUGAGCAAGAGAAGGCAUCUCUGUAA